GCAGGCUGUGAACUGAGAGUGCUGCUGCUGUCAUCCAAUGAAAUCAGCUCAAUAGAGGAGGACUCGUUUCGCUCUCUUGCAAAACUGGAGCUCUUGGACUUAUCAAAUAACAGCUUGUCUCACUUGUCCCCUGUGUGGUUUGGGCACCUCUUUUCCCUCCAGCACCUCAACCUUCAAGGCAAUUUCUACCGGGACCUGGGGGAAAGUUCCCUCUUUUCUAACCUGCGAAACCUGAGCUCUCUCUACCUGGGCAACCAGCAGUUCUCCACGAUAAGAGAGGGAAACUUUGAGGGCAUUUCACUUCUCAGCGAGCUUUGGAUUGACGGUGGCAAUCUCAGUCUGUAUGAGCCAGGAAGUUUGAAAUCAGUUAGGCAGAUAGACCACAUGAUCAUCAGCCUAAAAAGUGUGGAUGUAUUCUCAGCGAUUGUCAAGGAUCUCCUGCACUCUGUUGUAUGGUUAGAA